AACACCAUCACGCAAGCUUCACUAUAACACACCCGCCAAUAUGCCCAGAUAGCGUCACACUCUCCGGUACUCGAAAUGGAGUACAUGACCACACUUCAAUCCGGCUUCGACGGCCUCAAGCCUUCUCUCUUCGAACUCCUCUCCGAACAACAGCUGUCCUCCCUCCUCCCUCCGUCACUCCGCUACCUACUUGCGGUGUCCGCCCACCGCCAUCCACGCUAUCUCCUCCGUAUCCUCAACUCCUUCGAUGAACUUUACGCGCUCCUCUCCCUCCUCGUCGAGCGCCAUUUCCUGCGCACCUAUGGCGGUAGUUUCACCGAGAACUUCUACGGCCUGAAACGCGAGCGCGUACUGCAAGUCCGUGGCGGCGAAGUUCCGCGGGCACAACUGGGCGCUGCAAGCGAUGUCCGCGCAACCCUGAAACUGCGACGGCAGGAUGUGUGGGCAAAUCUGGCGAUCAUGGUCGGUGUACCGUAUAUCAAAAGAAAGUUAGACGAAGGCUACGAUAUUCAUGCCGCAGGCUCGAACUUGCUCGGGCCAGGCUAUCGCGCUGAUCGCGAUGGCCUCUCACCAAACUCAACAUUCAAGCAGAGGAUAAUGUACUACUAUAAAUGGUUCCUGCGGCGCGUAUAUCCCAGCGUGAACGCUGCAUACUACUUCGCCCUCCUUGCCUUCAACCUCGCGUAUCUCUUCGAUGGCGCAAAGUUCCACUCCCCAUUUCUCUGGCUGGUGGGCACGCGCGUGCGGCGCCUUGGACAGGCGGAUUAUGCAGCCAUCGAGGCCAUCACAAACCCGGCCCCGCAGGCUAAGAGCACAGCGCCGCGCGCAGGGCAAAACAACUCCAUCUUCAACCCCCGAACAAUGGUCGGUGUCGUAUACCCCCGCGUCCUUUCCUCCUUUCGCAUCCUCCUCCCCACAUCCAUCUUCGCACUGAAGUUCCUCGAGUGGUGGCAUCAGUCCGAUUUCGCACGGCAGCUCUCGCGAAAAGCGGCAGAGGGCAUAGAACUACCGCCGCCCGUGACUGCCGGACUAUCACGAGGGCUACCGCCGAAGCCCUCGAAGACCUCCGCGAAAGAGGUCCCAUCUAGCUCCGACGAGAAGCCCGAAAAGGCUACCACGAUACGGACACCCCCAAUUGCCGCGUCUUCACUCCUACCUAUCCUCACCGUUCCAGCACCAUCGAACUCGGCGCUGUGUCCGAUAUGUACACAGCCGAUCACGACGUCAACGGCGUCGCCGUAUGGGCAUGUGUAUUGCUACGUAUGCAUACAUCGGUGGGUGGAUGGGACGCAUGAGCGACAAGAGGCCUUCAUGGAGGGAGGUGCUGGGGAAGAAGGCUGGGAGAAGGAGGAGGGAAGCAGAGAAGGGAGAUGGGAGAGUGGGAGGGGGCGAGAUGCGAUUACCGGUCAGAGAAUACUGGGCGGGACGGGCGGUUUGAGAAGAGUGUUAGCAUGAUAGGCUUGAGACUCAAUAUGUACCAAUGAUGUUAUGUAUAAUCACGCCAGUAGCUAUAAACAUGCUAUGCACAUACAGACAACUCGAUGUCAUUCACCGACUAUACGACCUCGUCCCCUCGGGAUCCAGCGGCGUGCUCUCAUCAAUGGGCUCCGGAUCGUCCGCCGGGUCCCUAUGCUCCGCAUGCGUCAACUUCUUGUCGUUCCUGUCCCUCCACCAGAAAGCGAUCGCGAUGCACAAUAAGACCCCCUGAAGACACCCCGUCACAAGAUACAGACCCCAGGUGCUCCACCCCGCCUUGCCCAAACGCGCAUACAGACUCGCGCUCCAAAUAAAACUCCCCGGCGUUUGAAGCAACAUCAUCGGUAUACUCAGCGAAUAAAUGUUCUGCAAGCGCAGCGUCGUGACGAUCUGUGGUAUAUACUGUAUGGCUGCAAGGGACGCACCAGCGAUGCCCAGGAAGUUAGCCCAGGAUUGGAGGGCGGAC